CUGCUGGAUAAGGCUACGAGCCAGCUUCUGCUGGAGACGGACUGGGAAUCCAUCCUGCAGAUCUGUGACAUGAUCCGUCAGGGAGAUACCCAAGCAAAAUACGCCGUCAACGCUAUCAAGAAGAAAGUCAAUGACAAGAAUCCCCACGUGGCACUCUACGCACUGGAGGUCAUGGAGUCAGUGGUGAAAAACUGUGGCCAAACAGUCCAUGACGAGGUGGCCAAUAAACAGACUAUGGAGGAACUGAAGGAAAUACUCAAGAGGCAAGUGGAGACAAGUGUCCGCAGUAAGAUCCUGUACCUUAUCCAGGCCUGGGCUCACGCCUUCCGCAAUGAGCCCAAGUACAAGGUGGUGCAGGACACCUAUCAGAUAAUGAAGGUCGAAGGUCAUGUGUUCCCGGAGUUCAAAGAGAGCGAUGCCAUGUUUGCUGCAGAAAGGGCUCCAGACUGGGUCGAUGCUGAGGAGUGUCACAGAUGUCGAGUGCAGUUUGGUGUUGUGACACGGAAGCAUCAUUGCAGGGCCUGUGGGCAGAUCUUCUGUGGCAAAUGCUCCUCCAAGUAUUCCACCAUCCCCAAGUUUGGGAUCGAGAAGGAAGUGAGAGUCUGCGAGCCCUGUUAUGAGCAUCUCAACAAGAAAGCUGAGGGUAAAGCUGCUGCCACCUCUGAACUGCCUCCCGAGUACCUGACCAGCCCCCUCUCUCAGCAGUCCCAGCUGCCUCCGAAGCGUGAUGAGACAGCUCUGCAAGAGGAGGAAGAGCUCCAGCUAGCUAUUGCCUUGUCUCAGUCAGAGGCUGAGGAGAAGGAGAGAAUGAGGCAGAAAACAACCUACGCCAUGUACCCGAAGGCUGAGCCCACACCCGUCACAUCAUCAGCUCCCCCGGUCAGCACGCUCUAUUCCCCACCCGUGAAUUCCUCUGCUCCCUUGGCUGAGGACAUUGACCCGGAGCUGGCUCGGUACCUGAACCGCAACUACUGGGAGAAGAAACAAGAGGAGGUUCGCAAGAGCCCCACCCCAUCAGCACCUCUGUCCCUCACGGAGCCAGCUGCUCAGCCUGGGGAAGCCCACCCUGCCCCACUCGGUGUUGUUGAGCAGCAGUACCAGAACGGAGAGUCUGAGGAGAACCAUGAGCAAUUCCUGAAAGCACUGCAGAAUGCGGUCACCACGUUUGUCAACCGCAUGAAGAGCAACCACAUGCGGGGCCGCAGCAUCACCAAUGACUCUGCCGUGUUGUCCCUCUUCCAGUCCAUCAACAACAUGCACCCCCAGCUGCUGGAGCUGCUCAACCAGCUGGACGAGCGCAGGCUGUACUACGAAGGCCUGCAGGACAAACUGGCCCAGAUCCGGGAUGCGCGUGGGGCUCUGAACGCGCUGCGGGAGGAGCAUCGGGAGAAGCUGCGCCGUGCAGCAGAGGAGGCAGAGCGCCAGCGCCAGAUCCAGCUGGCCCAGAAGCUGGAGAUCAUGAGGCAGAAGAAGCAGGAGUACCUGGAGAUGCAGCGUCAGUUGGCCAUCCAGCGACUGCAGGAGCAGGAGAAGGAGAGGCAGAUGCGCCUGGAACAGCAGAAGCAGACCAUCCAGAUGAGAGCCCAGAUGCCAGCUUUCUCGCUGCCUUAUGCCCAACUCCAGGCCAUGCCCGCAGCCAGUGGGGUGAUCUACCAGCCUUCUGGGCCCACCAGCUUCCCUGGCACCUUCAGCCCGGCCGGCUCUGUGGAGGGCUCUCCCAUGCACAGCGUAUACAUGAACCAGGCAACACAAGGGGGCACGGGGCCGUACACUGCAAUGCCUGUUACAGGGACAGAUCCCAGCAUGGUGAACGCCUAUAUGUACCAGCCGACGGCAGGCAGCGGGCAGGCGGCUCAGCAGGGGCAGGCGGUGCCCACCACCACCCCGGCGUACUCAUCCUACCAGCCAACUCCAACACAGGGCUACCAGAGCGCAGCCUCGCAGUCGCAGAGCAUCCCGGCCAUCUCUCAGGCCCCCCAGUCGGGCACCAUGGGCUACAUGGGCAGCCAGUCAGUCUCCAUGGGGUACCAGCCCUACGGCAUGCAGGGCCUCAUGUCUGCCCUGCCGGGCCAGGAAGCAGCACUGAGCAGCCUGCCAGCCCAGCAGUCCUACCUGCCCGGGCAGCAGCCCCUCUACCAACAGAUGGCACCUGCUGGAGGGCCCCCCCAGCAGCAACAGCCCCAGCCCGCGCCUGCCCCUGUGCAGCAGCCCCAGGGCAGCGGAGAGGCCCAGCUCAUCUCCUUUGACUGAUCUCUGCCGUGGGGGGGGGGGCGGGGGGGGGCCCCUGGAAACCUCCUCUUCAUCUGGAAUCACUUCUGCACUUCACCUACUCCUCCUGCCCCCUCAGCCCCCUUCCACCCAUCCCACCUCCCCAAUCUGCCCCCGGCCUGGGGGAUGUGGGACCAC